CUCUCUUCGUCUGUGAUCGAUGUUAUUGUUGCCCGUACACUGCUCACUCAGCUGUGGACGUGGCUCCAGUCAAGUUGUGAAUUAUGAUCAGGAUAUGAUUGACUUGACCAGUUGAUCCCGAUGGAUCACGAUUUGAUUCUUUGGAUGUUUCCCCUUGCCAUUGCCCAAAUACUAACACUUUGAAGCUCUCGGAUCGAAUGAACAACAAUAUCUGCCGGUUGACGCGUGAUGCUGGAGAGACAAACCAACCCAAACGCCAAGGUAGUACGGAGGAGAAGUUGGCUGGAAGCAGCUGAUACCCUAAGGUCGAAGAAGGUAAAGGAGAAAUCAUUUCAAUAAGAUGGCAUCUUCCUUCCCCCACCAAUUCCUUUCAAGCUGUGUUGCCCCGCUUUGGUGCAUGGGCUUGUUGGGUAGUGCGGUCGCAAAACUACUAAUUUAAUGACCGAUGCUGCUGUUACUGCUGCUUUUCCACUCGCCGCUCACGGACUAAGCAUGUGGGAACAGGAUCGCCCCGUCAUUUUUUCAGAUCGUGUCGUAUCAAGGUGUUCGCCCGGUGCUGCUGGCACGAACGCCGGCCAUCCAAAAUCAUUGUUCUCCUUCGAACCAGGCGGCGUACGUCUGGCCGCGGACGUAAGCACGAAGAGUGUGUGUAGUGGUGGGAGUGAAGCCGUGGCCGAAACCAUGCCGUCCUCCACGGCCGUCCCGUCUCUAUCGAGCGACGCCGCAUCCGCUUCAUCGUCGUCGCCGGGCGUAUCUCUGGAAACAAGAUGGGCGGAAGGUCUCGCCGGCCAGGAGAUAUUAGAAGAUGAUGGAACAGGCGCGCUCGUCGUCCCGCCGUCCCGCCCGGCUCGUCAAUAUCAUCAUCACACCUAUAUCUGUCUGUUCUAUAUCUUAGAUUGUCACCACACCUUCGACGACGUCGAGCAAUGGAAGACGCACGUACUGAGCCACUUCCGAACCCACGAGCCCCCACGAACAGCCCGAUGCCCUCUAUGUCCGGGCGAGCGGUUCAGCGACACGUCCGAGCAGAAAGGAUGGGAUCGCAUGCUCGACCAUGUCGAUGUAGCACAUUAUCAACGAGGCCAGACCCUAGCCGGAAGCCGACCGGACUUUGAAUUGAUGCAGUAUCUCUACCGCUUGCGCAUUAUCAGCGUGGACCAGUUCAAGGUGAUGCAGCUGCCGCCGCCACCGUCAAGCCCUGCUUAUCAUCGAUCGCAAGAGCCCGUCCGGGCAAACAUAGGCUCGUCAGAUGAGCCAUACUGUGCUCCGUAUAGCCGACGGCGAGAACAAAGGAUGCGAGGACAGCGUCGAGGAGUCAGCGUCGGAUAAUGUCGUGUACUGUCUUCCCAGUCCACAGACUGCUUGGCGUGACUUCAUGCAACGACGGCCUGUUGCACUGGGAACCAGUGGGACCGUACUCCCUUCUUCCCUGAGUAAACUGACUCGGGAUGUCCUACCUGGUCUCUUUCUCUUCUCUUUUGUUUCUUCCAGACCUUUCAGUGUUCCUGUAACAACUCUUGAUACUGAUGGCCACAGGACAUGUUAACGAACAGACAUAAUGUCUCACGACAGAUUGUGUAUUAUCUCUUCUUCUGCAGGGUGUCAUGAAUAAUGUUUGUUAUCUAGCGAAAAGUCAAAAGCGAAUCAGAGCGAUUUAUUUUCCUUCAUUGCUUCAUGGGAGCAAUCCGAGAUGCAGUAAAAUGCUUCGCGAUGCAAGGACACUUGCAUCUGCGAAGAACUCAAGUAAGGUAUCUUCGGAAAUCUUAUAGCCUACAUGGUACCUACUCUUGUCACUCCUUGCCUCUUCUCUUCAAGGGGUAAGAGAAUAUUCGGUGAGUCUAUUUUCGAUACAUCGCAUUUCCCCGCAUGACUCGUAAACUGCGCCAUGGUAGAUGCUGCAGGGACAAAAGUACCACCACCCACCAAAGUAUGGACCUUCCUUUGCAUAUAAUGAAUGAGAGUAUGCAGUAUGCUCGGAUACAACUCUAGUGGAUGAUGGGAUAUACUGCGGGCGAGCUCUGUGCUAUGCUUCG